AUGCAUCUCUUGUUGCUGAAGAAGACUCUAGCCGAUGUCUGCAGUCUGGCUGUGGAGGUGUUCACCGCCGACCGCAGCGACAGCAUCAUGAGAAAGGUGGUUCUUCUCCUCACCUGCCUGGCCAUGAGCCUGUUCCUCAGCUCCUUUCUUCUCCUCUACCUCCUUCUCAGUCUGGACUAUGAGGUCACAGUGGUCGGAGCUAUCAUUGGCUGCUUCGGGACGCUCCUGACCUUUGUCCUCUUCUCCUCCAAGAGAGCCCGCUGCCUGUGUACACUCUUUGCCAUCUCUGUCUUCAUGAAGAAGAGCAGGAACCUGCUUUUGACUGCUGGAACUAGUCUGGUGGUUCUUCAAAACAUCCGCAACACCCUGGAGAACCUCACCGGCCUGCUGAGGAGCAUGAUCUGCAACCUGCGCGCCAAGAAAGCCUCCAUCAUGGCGUUGUUCACCAGCUACAUCCAGAUGUUGGAGUGGCUAGGUUCCGUUCUCAAUGGAGUCACUGACCUCAGGGUGUUCAGCUUGAAGUCUUCACUGAAGAUCUCCCACAGAGUGGAAGUGGAGGGUCUGAAGGAGCGUCUGGCUGAAGCCGAGCAGAAGCUGAACGACAGCGUGCGGCGUGUGCAGACGCUGGUCAACACCGUGUCCUGGAUCAGCAGCCGGGUGUUCCCAGCUGUCAGCUUCCUCGUGCUCCUGGCCUUCAUCGCUCUGCACAUGUGGAGAUACUGCUGCGACCUCAAGUACCAAAACAGAUUCAUCAGUCAGAAGUUUGUGGAGUUUGAUGAGAAGCAGAAGCUGGAGGGGAAACUGCACGUCCUCCCCCUCACACCCAGGGAGGAGAAGCUCUACACCACUCUGCCUUGCGCCCGUCCCAGUGCCCGUGAGGCGAAGGCCAUGAUCCGAUUCGGCCUCCCAGUGAUUUCCCAUCUCUCAGCUUGGGUGAUUCUCAUCGGCCUGGAUUUUUUACUCUACAUUUUUGUCGACAUUGUGACCAACAGGUUAUCAGAAAUGGAACCAUUUAACGUCCCACUGAUCAUGGACAUCCCAGAGAUUGCAACACUCAUCGGCCUGCCUCUCAGUGAGAACCACCACCGCUCAGACUUCUCCUACUCGGUGAAGCUGUUAGAGCAAGAGUGUCUCCCCAAACCCAAACUGCUGCUUCGCAAAUCUGUGGUGCCACUGGCCGCCAUCUUGUUCGCCUUGCUGCUCAUGUCUCUGCUGGCUUCCAAACUCGCGCAGCUGCGGCUGCUAGUGUGCGAGCGAUUCUUCGGUGCUGCCGCACAGCGGAGGGUGGAGCACCUCCACGCCAAAAUCCUGAGGAGGAGAGGAGUCAAGCGGAGGGCGGAUGACAAGAUCAGCUUGAGAUCCUUGCUGCGUCAGCCUCAGUUCUGGUGCCCGCUGCUCUUCCCACCCAGAGUGGAACCUCAGAGCGAGGUUUGAGGGAGCUGUUCGUCUGCAGCCUGAAAGCAAGCAGUGACAGAAGGAAGCCCUGCAAGACACCCACCC